GUUUUUUAGCGGUUUUUAUUUUUCAGUAUUUCAAUUUUCAAUUUACCAUUAUGAGUUCAGUGUACGAAAAAUUCAAUGAAUAUGGACAGAAGGGUGACCGUAGUUCCCUGGAAACACUAAUGGAAUCUCUGGAUGAGGAAGAACUCAUCAACAUAGUUAAAGACAAAAUAAACACUGCCAACUUCACAGAAACUUGGAUCUACAUACUCGGAUCAUUCAAAGAUGAUGCAGAAUCCCAUGAGAAGAGACUGAAGUUGAUUUUAAAUGUAUUGAAGGAAAUAGAAGAGAAUGAUAUCCCAGCAUCCAGAAUUAAUACUGUAGUCAAUCGAUUGAAUCUGGAACUGAUCAAAUUCAAAUCACAACACUUGGCUAAACUAUGCAAUUUUUGCUUGGAAUGUAUACAGUCAAAAAGGAGAUGCAAAAUGGGAUGGAAAGAUUUACUACCAGAAUUAUUCAAUGUAUUAGUUGAGAGAGAAGCUUUCACUUAUGAGAAUGAUCUUGACUAUACAGGACUAGAAUAUAAAAUGGAAUUCAUCAGCACUCUCUGCAUGUCAACUUGGUCCCCAAAUAUUGUUACACCACUUGCUUCUUUAUUUAUUGAUAUGCCUUUGAAUAAGGAAGAGCACCUGAAAGUUGUUUGCAAAUUAGGUUCUUAUUUGGAAAAACUGACUCCUCAAGAAAUUCCAUCAUUUGUGUAUCAAAUGCUGAAACUUUGCAAGUCACAGAAUGGAAAAUCAUUGUUUUUGAGGCUCCAAAAUUAUUUUGGAAUUCAUGUUUAUAAUAAUUCCAAGAUACAGGAUGAAGAUUCAGAUUCAAUGACAGUUGACUUGGAUGCAAUAGAGAGUACAAGCAAUUUAGAAACUAUAGAAGCAGAAAGUACUGUUUUAUUCCAUAUUCACACUGCAGCAUCACUAGGCUAUGCAUGCAUCAGAGACUAUUUGAAUUCAUUGAAAAAUAUGCUGAGAGCACCUGAGUUCAUACUUCAUCCUUUUCAACUCAUGAUGCUCUUCACAAUUUCCACUAUAACACAUUAUGAAGAAACUGUUUUUGAGAUAAUUAGGCCUUGUGUUGUAAAAACUUACAAUGAGGAACAUAAAAAAAUUCAUUCUGCUUGGUUACGUGAAAUGGUUCCUACUUGUUUGAAACCUGAAGAUGUUUUUGCUCAAGUAAUUCAUUAUAGUGUAGAGGAAAGAGAUCUGGUACUUUCUGCAUUGGUUAGUUUUGCCUUUACACUUCUUGGUGUUGGUUCUGCUCUUGGAAGGGACAUUAUAGCAGAGAAACAGUGGAAUUUGGGAAAUUUGAUUUUACUGAAAGUCAUCAAGAGAAAAAGGCAAAUUGCUCUAACAAUUAUCCAAACACUCAGUAAUCAUAUUGUCACAAGACAAAGUGUUUCACAAUAUAUUGAAUGUUUGUAUAUUAUAAGUAAAACAUUACCAUUGCUGAUGUUGGAGAACCAAAGUUGUAUAAUUGAAUUGGUAGAUGGUUUGAUUCAAGUACCAGGUCCAAUUGCAAAUCAAUUACUUGAGGCUUUGAUGCCUCUGACAAAAGUAUCCCCAACCAUCAGGGAUCAUUUGAUCAUACUUUUGAGGAAAGCACUUUAUUCAAGGUCUAUCGAAACUAGACAAAUGUCGGUGAACGGCUUCCUCAAGCUGAUAACACACCUGAAGAUAUCCAAUAUGGCUGUUCUGAGCCAAAGCAGCAAUUCUGUGGGCUCCUUCAUUUCCGGUCAUUCGCUUUUCACGCAAAUAUCCAUGAACAAAUCCACUCAGGGGACGUCGGCUAGCCGAUUCAGCAACGAGGCUUUAUGUCUCGAAGUUCUCAACAUACUCAAGCGCUGUUUCAUGCAACAGGUGCCCGUUAAAACGCAACUCUAUGAAGGUUUGUAUGAUGCAGUGUGUUCCAACCCCGAGCUAGGCAUACCAGUUUUAGACAUGAUAUGGUUGCACUUUAGCGAAUAUUAUGUCUUGGAUGAAGAUCAGCUACCACCUCUCAAAAUGGAUAAAAUUGUUACCCUCAAAGAUGCCCAGUCUCUUUUACAGGAGCCUCUAGGUAAACUCAUUCAUGCUAUAGGCCUGAUAGUCACUAAAGUAUCAGAAAUAGAAGAAAAUAAAGAGAACAGCACUGUGAUGAAAUUCUCGGGUAUCCUUGAAUCUAUAUGUCAAAGAAUGCCAAAUUGUGAGCUUGUUCAUUUUGAACUGGAUGAUGGGACUGAUUUACUUGAUGUUUUACCUGAAUCUCAGAAAAAAAUGCUGGUAUUGAAAGAAACCAUGUGCACCUAUGAAGCUCUGAUUGGUUAUAAGUUGUGUUCUUGGAAUCAGGAUUCAGAAAAUCACGGAAAUAGAAUCAAUGGUUUAUUUCAAGGAUACACUAGAUUGCUGCACUUCUCAAAAACACUUUUAAAACCGAAAAAAGCUGAUUCCAAAAGAAAAAAAUUGGAUAACAAUAAAACAACCCAGCCGACUCAGCCCACGACAUCACAGAAAAAGGAAUCUCAGAAGCUUGCCAAGAAUUUUAAAGUUCAUGAUACCUUGCUGGAUUUGGGAACCAUUAGGAAAACUUUGAGCUUACUUCACAUGCCUACAGUUAGCUGGACGACAGUGACAGAAGCGAAUGUUGUCAAAACGAAAAAAGACUUCCACCAACACGUGAUGGAAGCGACUUUGCACUCGGUGAUGGCUGUGAAGAAACGCAAAGAUGUGGACAGCAACAUAAAAAAAGUUUAUUUCGAUCACGUAACUGACAUUGCUGUCAUCAUUUUCGAUAGGAUUGUUAAAAGAUUGGAGGACUUUGUUGAUUUCGAUUCUGUGACCGCUAGUUUAGCGAUGGAGUGUUUCAAUGUCAUCUUGAAUCUAGUACACACUCAGUAUACAAGUAAUUUGCGAUCGUUUUUGAAUAAGGUUGUACCUGAUGGUAAUGAUGGAAUGAUUAGUCAACUUACAAUAUUGGUGGAAAUUUACCAAAAACUUUUUCAAACUGAUGACGAAGAUUCAGAAGAUCCAGAAAUUAAAAAAAUGUCUUCAACCUUCAUAAACACUUUAGCAUCCCUGGCAAAUUGGAUACCUUCUGGUAGCAAUGCUUUAUCAGUACAGAACAAAAGUUUUCAGAUGCUGGACUGGCUCAGGAACUUUGCCUACAAUCAUACCUCGACAGCCAAACUUUCAACACCCUUUAUAAAUCUUUAUUUUGAAACUCACUCUAAGUACAAAAUCAGCCUCACCGUUUUUGAAGAUUUUUCGGUCUGCAUUGGAGAUGUUAUCGGAGUUUUAACACAAGAAGAACACACUGGAGAAAAGGUCAAAAUAAUAAAUGAAGCAACUGUUUACAAUAUUCUUACAUCACUAUGUGGAAGCAUCAAGUCAGUUCUGGAAGAUAUCGAAUCAGUUAUAGCACGUUUGAAAUCUGAAUAUUACGUGCUGACUUACAAUGGAGUAGAAAAUGUCGAGAAAAAGAUGGAAAACCUGAAAACGAAAGAAAGAGGCGUCUGUUGUCAGUUGUGUUUCGUCGUGACGAUUCUGACGAAUCUCUGCAACCUGUCGAUUCAACCUGGCAACCCGGCAGAAUCCAUCUUUAAAAAUGUCAUCCUCCUUUUCGGCACUCUCGGCGCCUUAACAAGACAUUUCUCGAUGCGAUCCUCCAAAGCGAAUUUGGCUUUCCAAGGAGCGAGGUUCGAACGGUUGGUAAAGUUGUCAGGGAAACAACUGGCGCCCGCCAUUUAUCAGUUGAUCCUCCACAUGGAGGAGAGCCAAAAGGAGGAGGGUCAGCCCAGUCAGGAGAAGAAGAAAGUCGUAGAUCCGUCGAGUUUGAAAACGAAAGUUCUGAGAGAAACCCGACUCAUUCCGAAGGUCGUCUACGAAAUCGAACAGUUCAGCAAAUAUGUUAUUCAGCUGUCGAACAAGACUAAGGUGGAUUUGGCCAAGUAUGCGGGACAAGGGAUAGUCAGAGAUUUCCGGAUCACGGGGUUGAAAGAGGCUCUGGAACAGAAUGGGGGGGUGGUGGAAGCGACGCAAUCCACGCAGGCGGAUAGAACCGUGAACGAAGAAGAAGAAUCGACUGCGGAUGUGAGUGUUGAAAGGGGUGAGGCAAGCCAGGAAAAUGAUAGUCCCCCGCCUUCAAAGAAAUCUAGGAUCUAGAAUUUCUAGAGUUUCCUGAAGGUUUAUUUGGAAAAUGUUGCUGGUUGAAGGUUCACCACUAUGACGUUUUAAUUUUAUGUUUGUUGGAAACUGUUGUUUGGUGUUAAUUUUUUUAUGAUGUGAAAUGUUGAGAAUAAGCCUCAAGUAUUUUUCUAUUUUUUUUUUAUUUUUGCUAAAUAAAGAUUGGAAAAUCUAAA